AUGGCUCCUAUGACCCGACAGACUCGAACUGUUCCUCACACGACGAUUUUUCCUGGUGUUUCAAAGGAGAUAACACAGACUAUGACCCGACGAGGUAUAUCUUCUGCCGCUACCAUUCUCCUCGAUUCAAGCGCUGCUUCAAAAUUUAAAGAUCAACUCUCUACCACCAGAUCAGUUACAAUUCCUGUUGCUGUUAUAAAUCCCAGGUCAACGACGCCACAAGUCAAUGUAGCGGAGACGAUGGAUUUGAGCAGUGGUGCGAUUGUGGGAAUUGUGUUGGGUUCUAUAUUGGGGUUCCUGGUGUUGUUGGUGUUUGGAUAUAAGUGCUGUGUUGAUAGACGAUCUGCGGGCUGGAAUGCGAGGUAUGAUGGAGAUGGGGAUGAAAUUAUGUAUGGGGAGAGGAGAGAUAAUGGAGAAGGACGAGGAAGAAACUUGAAAAGUGGUGCGAGAGGUGGGGGUAGAGAGGAAUGGGAGAUGAGAUGUGAGUAUGAUGAUGGUGAUGGUGGUGGGGUUAGGAGGAUUGAUAAAGCGGUUGUUGGAGCAAACCGGUUAAGAACUCAAGGGGAAGAAGUUUACGGAGAGGAAUAG